GUUUCCUGGAAGUUGCAAUGGAACUUGACUUCCCCCCAUUUAAGCAUCCUCACCUUCUCACCUCCUUCCCAUCCUAUUUUCCUAAUCCCCCAGUUUUCUUUCUUAUUUUUCUUAAUUUAUCAUGAAACUAAUCAAUAGGCUUAGUCCCAAAAAUCUCUUUCGUUCUAAUAAAAAGGGUCCAUCCACUGUCUCCAAGUUCGAUCCUUCGUCGUAUACUACUUCCGGUUCUGCUUCGUCGUCUUCGUCAGAAUCCGUUUCCUCAGUUCACAAAGGAAAUCAAUACCCUUUAGCGCCAACAGUUGGAACCGGAACACCCACCAGUGUUUUGCCCGAAACAUCGGUUGACUGGUUAGAUUUUUCUGCUAAUUUUUAUGUAGAACUUUGCCAAGCUUUUAAAACGAUGGAUAAAGAUAACGAUGGGGUUAUUACCAGAAGCGAGGUCGAGGCUUUGCUUAGCAAGUUCGCCAGGCAGCCGCCGAGCCAAGAAGAGAUUUCGUCCAUGCUUGGCGAGGUGGAUGGAGACGGCGAUGGGUGCAUCAGCCUGGAAACGUUGAUCAACCAGGUGGCUGGACCGGCUUGCGAACCGGAGCUGAGAGAGACGUUUGAUAUAUUUGAUACGGAUCAUGACGGGAAGAUCACGGCGGAGGAGUUGAUGGCGUUUUAUAAGGAGAAAUUAGGGGACGAGAGGUGCACGUUAGAGGAUUGCCGGCUCAUGAUAGCUAGUGUUGAUAAGAAUGGAGAUGGGUUUGUGUGCUUCGAUGACUUCUCCAGAAUGAUGGAGAUGCAGGGAUGAUCAUCAUUAUAUUUAUUCGAUUUUAAUUUCAUCAUUUGAUUUGUGUGCUUUCUGAAUUGGGAUUUGGAAAUAAUUUACUCAAAUCAAUGCAUUUAUUUUAGGAGUUUUUCUUA